AAAUCGGAAGUGACGGAGACGAGCUAGCGCGUCGAAGAUACCUCUAUGGUUUUCCUCCCGUUCUUGAGUCGGGAAAUGGCCGCUGUGUAGUUACAACGGAGAUAAGUCCCGGGAACGGUGCUUUCGGCGUUUCAGGAAUUUGAAUUUAGAGUUUAAUUUCUCAGAACAUUUUCUCCAGGAAGAACUUUACAGUAUCUUAAAGACUUCACUUGACUGUUUAAUCCUGCAUAAAACCCAAGGAGAAAAGAAAUGGGUCGCUCCAAUUCUAGAUCACAUUCUUCAAGAUCAAAGUCUAGAUCACAGUCUAGUUCUCGAUCAAGAUCAAGAUCACAUUCUAGAAAGAAGAGAUACAGUUCUAGGUCUCGUUCCAGGACAUAUUCAAGAUCUCGUAGUAGAGAUCGUAUUUAUUCUAGAGAUUAUCGCCGAGAUUACAGAAAUAAUAGAGGAAUGAGACGACCUUAUGGGUACAGAGGAAGGGGCAGAGGGUAUUAUCAAGGAGGAGGAGGUAGAUAUCAUCGAGGUGGUUAUAGACCUGUCUGGAAUAGAAGACACUCUAGGAGUCCUAGACGAGGUCGUUCACGUUCCAGGAGUCCAAAAAGAAGAUCCGUUUCUUCUCAAAGAUCCCGAAGCAGAUCUCGCCGGUCAUAUAGAUCUUCUAGGUCUCCAAGAUCAUCCUCUUCUCGUUCUUCAUCCCCAUAUAGCAAAUCUCCUGUCUCUAAAAGACGAGGGUCUCAGGAAAAACAAACCAAAAAAGCUGAAGGGGAGCCCCAAGAAGAGAGUCCUUUGAAAAGUAAAUCACAGGAGGAGCCGAAAGAUACAUUUGAACAUGACCCAUCUGAAUCUAUUGAUGAGUUUAACAAAUCAUCAGCUACAUCUGGUGAUAUUUGGCCUGGCCUCUCAGCUUAUGAUAAUAGUCCUAGAUCACCUCAUAGUCCUUCACCAAUUGCUACACCACCUAGUCAGAGUUCAUCUUGCUCUGAUGCCCCCAUGCUCAGUACAGUCCACUCUGCAAAAAACACCCCCUCUCAGCAUUCACAUUCCAUUCAGCAUAGUCCUGAAAGGUCUGGGUCUGGUUCUGUUGGAAAUGGAUCUAGUCGGUACAGUCCUUCUCAGAAUAGUCCAAUUCAUCAUAUCCCUUCACGAAGAAGCCCUGCAAAGACAAUCACACCACAGAAUGCUCCAAGAGAUGAGGUUAGGGGACGUUCUUCAUUUUAUCCUGAUGGUGGAGAUCAGGAAACUGCGAAGACAGGAAAAUUCUUAAAAAGGUUCACAGAUGAAGAGUCUAGAGUAUUCCUGCUUGAUAGGGGUAAUACCAGGGAUAAAGAGGCUCCAAAGGAGAAAGGAUCAGAGAAAGGGAGGGCAGAGGGAGAAUGGGAAGAUCAGGAAGCGCUAGAUUACUUUAGUGAUAAAGAGUCUGGAAAACAAAAGUUUAAUGAUUCAGAAGGGGAUGACACAGAGGAGACAGAGGAUUAUAGACAGUUCAGGAAGUCAGUCCUUGCAGAUCAGGGUAAAAAUUUUGCUACUACAUCUCACCGGAAUACUGAGGAGGAAGGACCCAAGUACAAGUCCAAAGUUUCAUUGAAAGGCAAUAGAGAAAGUGAUGGAUUUAGAGAAGAAAAAAAUUAUAAACUUAAAGAGACUGGCUACGUAGUGGAAAGGCCUAGCACUGCAAAAGAUAAGCACAAGGAAGACGACAAAAGUUCUGAGAGAAUAACAGUAAAGAAAGAAACUCAGUCACCUGAGCAGGUAAAGUCUGAAAAGCUCAAAGACCUCUUUGAUUACAGUCCCCCUCUACACAAGAAUCUGGAUGCACGAGAAAAGUCUACCUUCAGAGAGGAGAGCCCACUUAGGAUCAAAAUGAUAGCCAGUGAUUCUCAUCGUCCUGAAGUCAAACUCAAAAUGGCACCUGUUCCUCUUGAUGAUUCUAACAGACCUGCUUCCUUGACUAAAGACAGGCUACUUGCUAGUACACUUGUCCAUUCUGUCAAGAAGGAACAAGAAUUCCGAUCCAUCUUUGACCACAUUAAGUUGCCACAGGCCAGCAAAAGCACUUCAGAGUCUUUUAUUCAACACAUUGUGUCCUUGGUUCAUCAUGUUAAAGAGCAAUACUUCAAAUCAGCUGCAGUGACCCUAAACGAGAGGUUCACUUCGUAUCAGAAAGCCACCGAAGAACAUAGUACCAGGCAAAAGAGCCCUGAGAUACACAGGAGAAUUGACAUCUCUCCAAGUGCCCUGAGGAAGCAUACUCGUUUAGCAGGGGAAGAGAGAGUUUUUAAAGAAGAAAAUCAAAAGGGAGAUAAAAAACUAAGGUGUGAUUCUGCUGAUCUUCGGCAUGACAUUGAUCGUCGGAGAAAAGAAAGAAGUAAAGAACGGGGGGAUUCCAAGGGCUCCAGGGAAUCCAGUGGAUCAAGAAAGCAGGAAAAAACUCCAAAAGAUUACAAGGAAUACAAAUCUUACAAAGAUGACAGCAAAAAUGUAUUUGUCUUUUACACGGCUUAUGGUGGAUGAGGACAAAAACUUUGGAAUAGCAAGCUAACACUGAAAAAAAAAAUGACAAAUUAAUGUGUCCUAUUAUCCAGGCUACAUCAGGAGGUUGGACUUCAAUGCAGUGCAUUUCUAGAAACAGUUUGUUAAACAUAAAAGUAGAGAGCAAGAUCAUUCUCGAUCUUCAUCCUCUUCAGCAUCACCUUCUUCUCCCAGUUCUCGAGAAGAAAAGGAGAGUAAGAAGGAAAGAGAAGAAGAAUUUAAAACUCACCAUGAACUGAAAGAAUACUCAGGCUUUGGAGGAGUUAGCCGACCACGAGGAACCUUUUUUCGAAUUAGAGGCAGAGGAAGAGCCAGAGGAGUUUUUGCUGGGACAAAUACUGGUCCAAACAACUCAAAUACUACUUUUCAAAAGAGACCGAAGGAAGAGGAAUGGGAUCCAGAAUAUACCCCAAAGAGCAAGAAGUACUUCUUGCAUGAUGACAGAGAUGAUGGUGUGGAUUAUUGGGCCAAAAGAGGAAGAGGUCGUGGUACUUUUCAACGUGGCAGAGGGCGCUUUAACUUCAAAAAAUCAGGUAGCAGUCCAAAAUGGACUCAUGACAAAUACCAAGGGGACGGGAUUGUUGAAGAUGAAGAAGAGACCAUGGAAAAUAAUGAAGAAAAGAAGGACAGACGCAAAGAAGAAAAGGAAUAGUAAAUCUGAAGUGAGAUUGCAACAGAGAGCAGAACUUGCACCCACCAUUUUUUACCUGAUUUUUGUUUUCAAAAUAAGAAUGUAAGCAUUUUACUUAAAUUUUACUGUUUGCAAGUAGUCAAUAGAAAUUUUGUUUUAAGUCUUCAAAUACCUUGAAAAAUAGUAGACUGUAUGUUGAAAAUUGUACUGAAAUAAAGUAGAAAAUUGUUACGUACCAUAUUUGUAACUAUCAACUUUUAAAAAAUACUUUUACUGUUUUUGUUACAUGCAUUGUAAUUCGCUUUGUCUAUAAGAUAUGGUCAAGUACAGCUCUGUGAAAGUUCUGAUUCUCUUCCUUCCCUGUUUGUUAAUGUUUAUUCUGAAGUAAACGUUAGCUCUACAUACAAAUCCCUGAACAGAAGUUGUUUAUAGAGACCACACUAAUUAUUUUAACCGUAUACAUCUGUUUAACAUUCUCCUUAAUUCAAACACACUACAUUGUAGGGUGACUAAUUUUUGAGUGGUACCACAGAAAAGGUUUUUACUUUGGUAAACUAAGCUAGUUUAACAUGUCAGCAGAUGUUUAAGAGGAAAAAAAGCUUUGCCAAUACCUAAAAAGUACAAGCUAUUAAAAGAUCCAAAAGUAUGAGGUUUUUUUUUUUUUUUUUAACUGAAAGCAAGCAGUGGCCUAUAAAAACUAUUCUUAGGAUCCUUUACUUUUUGGGCUCAAAAAAAGUUGUCUUUCUAUUCUUAUUUGAAAGUUUGAGUCAUGGUCUUAGAUAUUAGCUAAUCUUUUUGAGAGAGAAACUGGUCUGUAAUAAUACAAAUAAAUCCAUUCCUACCAAAUGUAUUACUUUAAAAAAAUAGAACAAAACUUGUAAUCUUGGUCUUGGUAUGGAAGAGGAUUAUGCUGCAGAAUAACUUGAUAUAUUAGAAAGAUGUACCUGAUUUCAUAUCUUACAUAUUUAUUUGAGCUUCUGGACAGCUGAAACAUUAGUUUGUAGUCUAACCAUAAGGAAAAAUAGGCAAACAAAACAUUGUUUAUUAGUAGUAUUUUAAGUAAUUUGUUUUUCAAUAAAAAGUUUUGACAGGAAGUUUGUUGCAGCAUUGUCUAACUUGGUUUUACUUUUUUCCCUAUUUCAGUUGCAGUUUAUAAAAUGGCUUUCUUUUUCUUCCCAAGGGUUCUAUUCUUCAGGUAGAUAAUCUUUCAGAUGUGAAUUAACCUUUAUGUUUAUGCUGAUAGCUCUUAAGAUGAAAAUCCGAAAUAGUAAAUUUCAGUGUUAAGUUUGUCUGCUCUAUGAGCAUAUAUAAAAGUAGUCAAAUUUCAUUUGUUAAUUCAGCAACCAAAUUAGUUGUAUAUGUUUGCAUUAAAAGGAGGUAAUGUUUAUUCUUUUAGUGUAAACUUUCAGAAAUCUUAAGUACAUGGAUCUUUCGUCCUCACUUGAUUAUUUGCAGUGCUCCUAGCACCUUGAUUGCAGCCAGGGGCAUUUGCUAAGAACUGUAAGAGGGAAAAAUACGAAAACAAAAGUAUAUGUGAUGUUUAUGGCCCUGGGAUCUUUAGUAUUGCAUGAUUUCUCCUAUCUUGUCUUUUCUGAAAUUGUUACAGAGCAGAGGAAAUACUGUUAAAGCAAGUUUGUUAUUGCAUUAAUCAGGACAGCCGAUUUCUUCUAGUCAGAAUAAUACUUAAUUACAUGCUAAAGCAACAUGGAUUUAAUCUUCAAUACAGGAGAAUUUUCACAACCAUUUUAUUUUAUACAAAUAAAUUUAGCUUUUAUUUUAACAGUUACUAUUUGGUUAGAUACUGAAUCUCUGUGCAUGACUAUAAAUGUGCAGUUUUGUUUUUCCACUUAAGACAAUAGGAGAAUGGGAAUUUGCUGAUAAAUUAUUUAAUAGGGAGUGGGAAUAAAGCUCCCUAGGUCCUAUCAGCAAGUUAUAUUUUAAAUGCAAAUGCAUUGCUUUAAUCCAAAUAGAUACCUGAUUUGGUUGCUUUUAUUCGAUUAAAAUUCAGGAAAGGAUUAUACCAGAAUUUAGUAGGAAGGGCGAUAGAACUCUGCAAUUAGGAUUCCAUUGUGGAUGUUACCUGUUUCAGAACCAAGGAUAUGAAAGCCUAUGUUGUGUUUUUUUAAGCCACAAUUUACCUCCACACGUUACAACAUACGAUAAAGCUGAAUGGUUCCUCUUGGUAAGGAAUUUUGUUAACAAAUGCCAGAAAAUAAUAACUCUUUGAUACCUACGUUAAUAGACUUCCUUUUGCCUAGAGAAGGAAAAUAAAAGUGAACCAAAGGAUAUUUCCAGAAAGGAUUAAGAAAGCUGUUUAAGAAGGCCAUGACUCAGUCCUUAGGUGUGUAUACUUUUCAACAUCCUAGGAAUUCUAAUACAAAAUAGCAAAAUAUGUUUUUCCAAUUACAUCCACCUUUAAGGAAUUACUAUUUGUUCCCUUUUGUCACAGUUAAAAUCAAGUGUUGGGAAUUAAAUUAUAAUUUGAGUAAAAAUAUUACCCAAUACGAAUGAAUGUAGAUGGCUAAACGAUUCUUACUCAGUGUGAUGUAUAUUGCAACAGGGACCCUUGUAAAUUGUCAUAUGCCAAUAAAAUGUCAUAAGUGGUAAU